CUCUGACUAUAUGCGACCAGCGCUGUAUGGAGGAAAACCGUACUCCAACAACAUGGGAGAUAGUCGCACUGACCUAACCAAUUACCGUCCAAUAACGCUGCUUCCUGUGCCUUCCAAGGUUAUGGAGUCUAUCAUCGCUGAUGCACUCAUGAAGUAGCUGGAAAUUCACAAGAUGAUAGCCCCAGACCAACAUGGCCUCCGACAAAAGCGCUCAUGCACUACGAACCUGCUAAUUGCAUACAAUAGCUGGACUGAAGCAGUUGCUGGUAGGGGAGCAAGAAUCGAUGUCAUUCACCUAGACUUCUCAAAAGCAUUUGAUCGCUUAAAGUACGCAAUUCUCCUCCAUAAAAUUAAGGUCUCUGGCGUUGGUGACUCACUGCUGCGUUGGACAGGCAAUUUUCUGCACAAAGGACGGUUGAAAAUGAAAGUACGGGAACCCCUGUCCGACGCAAUUGAGAUGAAGUGGAUCGUACCAAAAGACUCAGUGCUCGGGUCUCGGCUACUUUUUUGAUUUUCAUAAAUGACCUGGCGAGGGAAAUUACUUAGAUUUCUUAUUCCUCGCGGAUGUUAUCGAGUUAGCGGGAGAGCUCAAAUAACCAAAGUCAUGAAAAGCUCCAGCCUGAC